GAGAGGGUAAGCAAUGAUAUGCGAAAAUUUCCCAUUUUGUCCGUGGAAGAGGGAAAAAAGGAGGAGAGAAGGAAAAGUUAUGAAAGGGAGGGAGAGAGAAACGACGACGCCGAAUGAACAGUAGUGAUCAGGCCGCGCAAACCGUUGCGGUUGUGGAUUCGGUGGGGUUCAGAGCCGCUAUGGCUUCGGCUUCUUCUUCGACCAAACUGUGCUUCAAUUCUGACUGCAAAGAAUUGAGGCCCGAAAGACCUAAGAAAGGGUGGAGGCUCCGUAGCGGAGAACUAGCCGAGCUCUGCGAUCGAUGCGGCUCUGCUUUUGAAGAAGGGAGGUUCUGUGAAAUUUUCCACUCAAAUGCUUCUGGUUGGAGGAGUUGUGAGACUUGUAGAAAGAGAGUUCAUUGUGGAUGUAUUGUUUCAAGUCAUUCCUUCAUGUUGCUGGAUCCCGGAGGGAUCGAAUGUUAUGCAUGUGCCCGCAAAAAUAUUAUUAUGCCUUCUAACCUGCCGUGGCCACAAUCUUUUUCCCUUCAAAAUCGUUUAUCUGAUAGACUUAGAGAUCUAUCUGCUAAAGGUUGGAAUCAGUUGGCUGGAUCAGGUCCUGUACCCUGGAAGCAAGCGCCCAGUCUGUUCAAUUCUGCUUCUUCGACUGACCUGAUACCAGAUGUGCCUUCUUUAGCUGAAUUAUCCAAUAGCUUUGACAAAAUGUAUUGCAAUGAAAGGUUACCUGCCUCAGCCUUGGAAAAGAAAAGCGAGGAUUAUACUGGAUUACCAGUUCAUUGGAAUGUUACAAUUUGCCCACGGGAGAUGAAGCUUAUGAAUGGAAUGAGGAAUGAGGACAAAGCAAGUUCAUGUUUAAAUAUGUGUCAGCAGCCUUCUUCUCUGAAGGAAGAGUCAUCGACUCAACCAUUUGGUUUGCCGGUGCCUAAUUCAUGCCAAAAUGAAAGAAAUGGCCAGCUUGGGGUAACUGGAAGUCACCCUCAACAAACUCCACCACCUCCAGGAAAGCAUUUUAAUGGCACUAUGCAUUUAGCACCUGACUCAUCAGGUGAGGCUCAGGUUCGCAAUGGGCGACCGCGAGCAGAUGCCCGAGGAAGAAACCAGUUGCUGCCACGGUACUGGCCCAGAUGUACUGAUCUUGAACUACAACAAAUAUCCAUAGAUUCAAAUUCUGUAAUUACUCCCUUGUUUCAGAAAACCUUGAGUGCAAGUGAUGCUGGACGAAUUGGGCGUUUAGUCCUACCCAAAAAGUGUGCUGAGACCUACUUCCCACCAAUUUCUCAGCCUGAAGGAUUGCCGCUUAAAAUCCUUGAUGCAAAGGGAAAGGAAUGGAUAUUUCAAUUUCGCUUCUGGCCAAACAAUAACAGCAGAAUGUAUGUUUUAGAGGGUGUCACUCCAUGCAUACAGUCCAUGCAGUUACAGGCUGGUGACACUGUAACAUUUAGCCGUUUGGAGCCAGAGGGAAGGUUGGUUAUGGGAUUUAGAAAGGCUUCGAGUGCUGUGCCAUCCGACCAGGACAAUGAAACUAAUAAGUCUGGAAAUGGAUUUUCUGCACAUGGUGAAGUUGAAUUGGCUGAUCCCAAUUCAUGGUCUAAAGUUGACAAGUCAGGAUACAUAGCAAAAGAAGCACUGGGGAGCAAAUCAUUAAUAUCUAGAAAAAGAAAAAGUGGCAUAUUGGGCUCAAAAAGUAAACGUCUAAGAAUUGAAAAUGAGGAUUUAAUAGAGCUGAAGAUUACGUGGCAAGAAGCUCAAGGUCUGCUCCGGCCCCCUCCUAGCCACAUUCCGAGCAUCGUUGUGAUUGAAGGUUUUGAAUUUGAGGAAUACGAGGAAGCUCCAGUGCUUGGGAAGCCAACAAUUUUUACCAGUGAUAAUGUGGGUGAAAAGAUCCAGUGGGCUCAAUGCGAAGAUUGUCUCAAGUGGCGUAAAUUACCAGCAAGUGCGCUUCUUCCAUCAAAAUGGACGUGUGCUGAUAAUUCAUGGGAUCCAGAAAGAUCUUCUUGUUCAGCUGCACCAGAGCUGACAGCAGAGCAACUUGAGAAUUUGCUACCUCCUUGUAAUUCAGCUGUUCCCAAGAAAAUGAAAGCCGCCAAACAGGAUCCUGAUAAUGCUGAAGCUUUGGAGGGACUCGACACCCUCGCAAAUUUAGCUAUCCUGGGAGAGGGUGAAGCACUCCCAGCAUCCGCCCAGGCCACAACUAAGCACCCGCGCCAUAGACCUGGCUGUUCUUGCAUCGUUUGCAUUCAACCUCCCAGUGGAAAGGGCCCCAAGCAUAAGCAGACAUGUACGUGUAAUGUAUGCUUAACAGUGAAGCGACGUUUCCGUACCCUUAUGUUACGACGCGAGAAGAAACAAACAGAAAAAGAAGCAGAGACAACUCGUAAAAAGCAACAGCAACAACAUUCUCAACCACUACCUUCGUCUGAAAUUUUGCAUGACGAAGAUUCAUUACCCUGUAGUAACACAGGUGACAGUAGCCCGAACCAGAACAAAGAGGGUAAUGAUGGUUCUGAUGAUGAUCCUAACAGAAUAAAAUCAUCUGCUUCACCAUUCAAAGGCCAAAUUGACCUCAAUAUCCAGCCAGAGCGAGAAGAAGAAUUGUCCCCUGGUUCAGAUUCUGGUGGCAUGAUGAAGUUGCUCCAUGAUGCUACUGAGAGGUAUCUGAAGCAGCAGACUGUGAACUCGGGUACUGGAGAUUCUGCUGGCAGUCAGUCACAGCUGGUAGGAGAUGCAAUGAGGGAAGAUAAACUUAGCAAUGGUGUUACCCAUGGCAGUAGUAGUCAUAGUACUGAUAAGGAACAUGCUCAAUCUUUGUCUAUGAAUGUGUGAAAAUCAUAUUGGCUCCGGCCAUAUUGAUAAGUUCUUGCAAAGCUAUAUUGAAGUGGGGAAAGAUUUUGCUGUACAUUUUAUCCACUUCGGCUUCUUGCUUUUUCAUGUUUGUACAUAAAGAGGGGUAGGAAAAAAAUGGUGAGAAACCAAUAUAUUUCAGGUAAUAUAAGUGGGCAUCUUAGUGGUUUGUGUAGGAAAUGGAAAACUAUGAAAUGCAGCUGAAUUGGGGUAGUGGGUUGAAGCUGUUUAGUUUCUUUCGAGAGCUCACCGUGCCACCUGAUUUCAACAACGUUGGAAAUGUAACUAUGCCUAAUUUGUUCUCCCAAUUUAUUCUCCCAAUUUAUUCUUAGCCUGUAACAUGUUUAUGCUUUCUAGUAUCUGUGCGCUGUUUCUCAUGAUUC